AUGGCCUUUUUGUUCAAACGCAACCCCAAAACGCCCCCAGACCUUGUUCGGUCCCUUAAUGAGCAAUUGGGCAAACUCGACUUCUCGUCCGACCUGAAAAAACACCAGGACGAGUGCCUGCGGUACCUCAAGCAGGUGAAACACGUGCUACAUGGCGACGAGGAAACCGAGCCGCAGCCUGAAGCCAUCAGCGUUUUGGCCCAGGAAGUUUACGCCUCUGAUACGCUUUAUUUGCUCAUUCACCAUUUGCGCAAGUUGGACUUUGAUCUGCGCAAAGACGUAGUUGUGAUGUUUCUGGCGCUCUUGCGACGGCGCGUGGGCAACGACUCGCCCACUGUGGAGUACUUGUUGCACGCUCGACCGGAAGUUUUAGUGAUGCUCAUGAGAGGACCAGAAUACCCCGACGUGGCGCUUGUUUGUGGCCAGAUCUUGCGGGACUGCGCCAAGUUUGAGCCGCUCGACCGUUUCAUCUUGUACCACGCGCUGUUCUGGAACAUGUUCAAGUAUGCGCAGUCGCCCGUGUUCGAGAUCGCCACAGAUACGUUUGUGACGCUCCAAACGCUUUUGACGGCCCACCGAAAGCUUGCGGCAGAGUUCUUGGCCAAGAACUGCGAAGACGUGACCACCAACAUCAAUCUGCUCAUGCGGCUGGACAACUAUGUCACGAAAAGACAGAGUGUGCGCCUUCUUCUGGAGUUGGUGAUGCAGAAACUGAACCAACAGUUUCUCAUGCAUUAUUUCGACAGCGCCUCCAGCCUCAAGGUGAUCAUGUUAUUGCUCAGCGACAAGCUGAAAAACAUGCAGCUCGAAGGGUUCCAUGUGUUCAAGUUCUUUGUGGCCAAACCGAAAAAGUCUCAGAAGAUCUUGGACAUUUUGAUCAAGAACAGAGACAACUUUCUUCGCUUUUUCGAGGCGUUUGACGUGCUGGCCACGGGCACAAAUAUUGUGGAGGAACGUGAUUACAUUUUGCAUGAGAUCCAGCAGUUGCCUGCGAUCGAACGUAUAUCUUGA